GAACGCGCACUCCCUCGCACAUAAAGCCAUUCUGUUGGGAACAAAGUGGGCCUGUUGUGGACGGGGAGGCCACAGCUGCCAGACGCAUGGAGGAGACUUAACCCGUCGCAUUCGAGUGGCUCAUCGCGUGUCACACAUGGCCAUUCAUCUCUGGAGGCGAUCGCGGGGCUUCGUGCUGGAGGGAUCAGUGUCGCGGUUUGUUAAGUGAAAAGCUUUAACGCACACAACCUGUCUGAAACGAGAAGCGUGUGAUCUGAUGUGAGCUGUCAUCAGAGUCACAUUAUUUCAGAAGUACUACGACACCUAGUGGUGGAGUCGGGUCUGCUCUGCCACGUGUGUGAAUUUAUUGCCAAUGCCUUAAAAAGUAACCAAAGCCAGGAUCUGUGUUUAUUAGAUUUGAGCCGUAGCCACACACACACACACACACACACACACACACACACACACACACACACACACACACACACACACACACACACACACACACACACACACACACAGGAUGUUUACACCCUCACUCUCUCACCUUUGUCCCACUAGUUUGUGUGUAAGUGUAAAACUGAAAUCCCGCUCCGCUUCCUUGCGCUGGCAGCGGUGGUGCUUUGGCAAACGGAGCAGCCAGUCCUUAGUCAGAUCUGGAGACUUAACACCACAAAUCCUGUCAACUAUGCGGCUGCAGCUACUGGACCUGACAGGAAGUCUGGGAACCCACCGGCUCCGCUACCAAAACAACAACAACUGGGAAACUUGGGAAAUUAGAUUAGAAAUAAGCAAAAACCUCAACUAUGGCCCAGUUUGCGCCGUGUCACCCCACUCCCCGGGAUCAGUAACACUCCUCUGUUUACUUCUCAUGAGCAUGUGCCUGUUCCUCAACAUCUGGCACAGACCUUAAUCUACGUCUGAGCCGGCUGGACCUCCUUUGUCCGUUCUCUCACAUCCGAGGUGGGCAGAGGUCUCGCCUCGGGGCUCCGACUGGAAGCCGACCGUGACGGGGGCUUGAUUUGCUUUGAGAUGAUGUGUCGGUACUGUAUAAUUAGAGUGAGCGGAUCAACCCACCGUGACACUGUGCGCUCAAUGUUCCAAUCUGAGCUUUUAAGCAGGUGUGUGUGUGUGUGUGUGUGUGUGUGUGUGUGUGUGUGUGUGUGUGUGUGUGUGUGUGUGUGGGUGUGCGCACACGUGACAAGAUCAAAGGCCUUUUAGCUGCAGCUCUACAGCCCAGUUCCCGGUCCGGGUGUGCGACUCUCAUGAGCGGUGCGAGCGCUUGUGACUCAUUAGGGUUCGAGCUCUGUGAUCAUCUCCUCCGCCCGCUCUUCGGACCCCGCCGGCGAGCGGAACAUGCCCCCCUCUGCAGCGGCUGAUUCGGCCUGCAGCCCGCCGGACGGAGGAUGGGGCUGGGCGGUGGUCUUUGGCGCUUUCAUCUCCAUAGGAUUCUCCUACGCCUUCCCCAAGUCGCUCACCAUCUACUUUAAGGAGAUUCAGGAGUACUUCUGCAUCUCCUACAGUGACAUCGCCUGGCUGUCCUCAGUCAUGCUGGCGUCUAUGUACGCAGGAGGACCCGUGAGCAGCGUCUUCGUCAACCGCUACGGCAGCAGACCUGUGGUCAUGGCUGGAGGGCUGAUGGUGAGCGUUGCCAUGGUGAUGGCUUCUUUUGGCACCACCAUCAUGCAUCUGUAUCUCUGUGUUGGAGUUCUCGGAGGUUUGGGCCUGGCCUUCAACCUGCAGCCGUCUCUGACCAUCAUAGGCUCGUACUUCCACGCCAGACGCCCGCUGGCAAACGGACUGGCCAUGACAGGAAGCCCAGUGGUUCUGUUCACGCUGGCGCCGCUCAAUCAGUUCCUGUUCGACUCGCUGGGCUGGAGGGGGAGCUUCCUGGUGCUGGGAGCCAUCGUUUUGAACUGCUGCGUGGCUGGAGCUCUGAUGAGACCGGUGGGUCAGAUCCUCCAGCCCAGGGCUGCGCCUCAGAGCCUCAGCGGCGGCGAGCUCUCCGGCGGCGUCCCGACAGACGGCGGAGGGAAGAGUCAGAGCUGUUUGCGCAGAUUUGUAGACGUCUCGCUGUUCAGGCACCGAGGCUUCCUCAUUUAUCUCAUUGGGAAUGUGAUCAUGUUUUUUGGCUUCUUUGCCCCUGUGGUUUUUCUGGCUCCUUAUGCGAAGCAACAAGGCAUUGACGAAUACUCAGCAGCGUUCCUGCUCUCCAUCUUCGCUCUGGUGGACAUGUUCGUCAGACCAGCGACCGGCCUCGUGGGCAACGCCCGGCGGGUGCGGCCGCGCAUCCAGUAUUUGUUCAGCUUCUCCGUCGCCUACAACGGCGCGUGCCACCUGCUGUGCCCGCUGGCCUCCGGCUACGCGGGCCUGGCGCUUUACGCCGUCUUCUUCGGCUUGGCCUUCGGGAUGCUCUCCGCUCUGCUCUUUGAGGUUCUCAUGGACCUCGUUGGAGCUCCACGCUUCUCCACCGCCGUCGGGCUCGUCACCGUCAUCGAGUGCGGCCCGGUGCUUCUCGGGCCUCCACUCUCAGGAGCCUUGGUUGACAUCUUUGGCGAGUACAAAUACAUGUACUAUGCUUGCGGCGUCUUUAUGCUGGUGCCUGGCAUCUUCUUCUUCGUCAUGCAUUACUACAACUACAAGAAGCUGGACGAGGAGCGGAGGCAGAGUGCGGCUGUGGUGAUGAGGACGUCUGAAGAGGCAGCGUGACUUCAAAUGAGCACAGGAUGAUGAAGCACAAGGUGACGAAUGGACGAACAGGCUGCUGUUGCUGCUUUAAUGAAUGCAGGACACUCUGGGACGGGAGAGAACUGUUAUACAUAAAUAUUACAUGAGUAAAUAUAUAUUUGCACUUCUGGAAACAUUUAAUACAUGUGUGGUAAUAUUAUAUUAUUAUCACAUUACAUAACUUUAGGGCGUAGUCAUUGCUUGUUCAUUUGCUCUAUACAAUGACAUGCCUCGUGAUUAUUAUUAUUAUUAUGUUUCCACCACUAGAUGGCACUAGACACCAUCACGUCUGAGCACAAUCACAUUGACAUAGUGUUUCCUCACAGCUGCCACACAGCUCCUCCAAGGUUUGCCCAACGUUUUAAAUGAUACCAUGAACAUGGCCAUUGAUUAAGAAGUGACAAACUCGACUGUCUGUUGAAAAAACAUAAACUUACUGUACUUUAAGCUGCUCUGAAUUAUGAUCACGCAGACCAAGAAUCUCAUUUUUUUUCCGUGUUGUAAAUUGUAGUCUACAAUAAAACAGAUUCAAUAAAACUGAUUCAACUGUCAUGGGAUCUGCAAGGAAUUUUUCAGCAGGCACUUUAAUAAAGUCAUAAAACGUAUGGAGAUGUUCUAGAACUAAAGUUAUAAAAUAGCGCUGUGAGUGUUCAUCAGUACAUGUACAGUACAUGCCGAGCCUUGGAAUGUUUAAUUGCCACGUUUUAUGUUUUGUUGCUUCUUCAACACGCGUUAACCUUUCCUGAUGCGUGCAUUAACAUGAGAUUAAAGCCUGGGAUGGAUGAGACACCUGACGGCGGCUGAGCGCUGUGAUCUGCUGCCAGGUCACCUCAUCCCACCGCAGGUCAGACCUUCGUUAACACACUGAGUGGUUCUAAAACCUGAGCCCCUGCAGCGCGGGACUCCUGUGUGACGCCGGCAGGAGGGGAGCAAAGCCGUUAUUACAAACGCGAGCGGAACCGAUCCUUCCUUAUCGCGUCCCCGGGAGCUGCUUAUUGACUUUGUUUUUUCUGAUGGAUGAAAACUGCCCAUGUGUGUGAAUCAAUGUGUUUAUUCAUACCCUUAGAUAACAUAAUCUGGAAAUCAGAUAGAUCCAAUUUUGACCAGUUUGGGUCAAUAAAGCACUGGUGCAAUACUAAGUGGUUAUUUAUCAUAUUGCAAAAACUACACAACACAAACAUGUUGCACAUCUGGAUGAAGGGGGAUCUUUAGUUGCUUAACCCAUCUCUGUGGGGAAGUUAAGGAGUAGACACAAUAUGAGACCAAGACCUCCAAUUAGCAGCAGUUCUCAUAAGCUUUGUAUCAUCUCUCCACUGAACAGCUUGAGUAUAAUCACCGUGAUGAACGGUGAUUGAUGGCAGCAAAUCUGACUUUAAUUGGGACCAAGAAGAUUGAAUCCAGGCCGCGCUGCUUCCAAUCCCUGUAAUGACUGCCACCGCGCCGAGACACGACGUUUUAACCAGGCUGCAGCUCGGAACGCUCGCAUCCCAAGUUUUGUUUCAGCGCCGUCUGCAACCGAGGGAGUGACACUAUCUAUAUUUAAUCCAACGUGUUUGUUAAUAAUCUCUGCUAAUCUUCUUUAUCCACAGCGGCAGAACUAAUCUGUCUUCGCAAUGUUUACACGCAGAUCGGAGGGAGGGGGCGGCCUCGUGCGAGCAGCAGCAGCAGCAGCAGCAGCGAGCCGGGAGUUUAUUCAUCGGCCCCCGUGGACGGCGCCGUUAGUAACGCGUCGCUGGCCUAGAAUAAACACGCGGCGCCGUGACUCAAGGACCCGCUCGCGUCCAGAGUCCGGCCACGAUGAGGCAGCAGAUGAGAUCAGCUGGUGACAACGAGUCCAAUCAAUGCGCCUUCUGAACAUCCAGCAGUGGCCACCUACAUGUUCACAUUACAGUGGAAGCUCCAGGCUGUCGGAGCUCCGCGCUCAGAUGCUAAUCUGUUGCUCCCACAUUCAGAUUGUAUCUGAAUCCAGUGCGCUACCAUCCCUAGAGGGCAGCCUGACUCAGACGGAGGAGCCGCCUGUUCACCGAAGAGCCCGGCCGAACGUUGAUGGUCAAGACUGAACAAGCACGACAUGCUCCUGCUUUUACGUCGAGACGUUAUUCUAGCUCCCGCUUCACCUCAUUCGUCCAGCCAAAAGAGUUUACGUACGAAAUGCAUAAAGUCACAAUAUGCAAUCUACCCAUGUUCACUGUAACUCCUGGUCUAUUCAAACGUCCAAGGUCACACUUCUCUGUGUAAUCAAUGGAAUAGUUAUAAGGAUGUGACAGUCGACUGCACUCCCCUCCACUGGUUUAUACUGGGCCAUUUAUUGGUAUUAUGGAAACGUUAAGUAGAGAAUCGGAGCGCUCCCUCGUGCGCCUGUCCUCAGUAAAAGGCGAGCUCCCGCUGAGCACGAGCCUCAGCAAUCUUCAGACGGACACCACUUCCUGUCGUUCCCAGGCCAAGACAGUUUUUUAUUACAGACAAGCUGCGUCUGUGCUGCUGCUGGACAUCAGGCCUCCUCCUGGAAUACGAAUGGGACCAAUCGGAGCCCUUAUGAAGUCGGACGUUUUGUUUUGUUUUUU